GACUGCAUCUUCCUAGGAUUAUACCUUUUCCCUUCAGCCUCACCGACCUCCUCAGGCUGCGAGCGUCCUCCACCUCCAACCCUCUCCUAGCAGUACCCUCAUAUUUCUAUUCAUCAUGCCGGGCGGUGCUGUCCUUCAUGCCACCACCGACGUGUCGCGCGUUGAGGCGCCCGUCACCGUCAAAGCCUACCUCAUGUGCGCCUUUGCAUCUUUCGGAGGUAUCUACUUCGGUUAUGAUACUGGUUACAUGUCUGGUGUCCUAGGCAUGAACUACUUCAUCACUCAAUACACUGGGCUCGAGCCUCCACCACCCGGUGCCACAAAGGAAGAGAGUGCCUACUUCACUAUCCCUGCAUGGGAGAAGUCGCUAAUCACCUCUAUCCUAUCUCUCGGAACUUUCUUCGGUGCCAUCAUUGCUGGUGACUUGGCUGACUUUAUUGGUCGUCGAACCACCAUCAUUGUCGGCUGCGGCAUCUUCCUCAUCGGUUGCAUUCUUCAAACUGCCUCAAGUGGUCUUGGUCUCAUGAUUCCCGGUCGUAUUAUCGCUGGUCUCGGAAUUGGUUUUAUAUCCUCGAUUAUCAUCCUGUACAUGUCCGAAAUUGCGCCCCGCAAGGUUCGUGGUGCUCUCGUGUCUGGCUACCAAUUCGCCAUCACCAUUGGUAUCUUGCUGUCCAACUGCGUCACCUACGCUACCAAGGAUCGCGAUGAUACUGGCUCCUACCGCAUUCCCAUUGCCAUCCAGUUCCUCUGGGCCAUCAUCCUUGCUGUUGGUCUCUUCGUCCUGCCAGAGUCUCCUCGUUACCACGUCAAGCGCGGCAACAUCCAGAAGGCUGGCGAGACUCUCGCCCGUCUCCGCGGUCAGCCGCGUGACUCACAAUAUGUGGAAGAGGAGCUUGCUGAAAUUGUUGCCAACCACGAAUACGAGCUCCAGGUCGUUCCUCAGGGUACUUACAUGUCCUCGUGGCUCAACUGCUUCAAGGGAUCAAUCUCCCACGGUCACUCCAACCUUCGCCGUUCGAUUCUCGGUAUCAGUCUCCAGAUGAUGCAGCAGUGGACCGGUAUCAAUUUCAUCUUCUACUUCGGCACCACCUUUUUCCAAACGCUCGGCACGAUCAGCAACCCGUUCUUGAUCUCCCUCAUCACUACCCUCGUCAAUGUCUUGUCCACUCCUAUCUCGUUCUACAUUGUUGAGCGCUUGGGACGUCGUACUAUCCUCAUCUACGGUGCCGCCGGUAUGGUCGUCUGUCAAUUCAUCAUCGCUAUUGCCGGCACCGUUGACGGUGAGAACCCGAAUACCGUCAAGGCCAUGAUUGCGUUCAUCUGUAUCUACAUCUUCUUCUUCGCUACUACCUGGGGACCCGCUGCCUGGGUCGUCAUUGGCGAGAUCUUCCCUCUCCCUAUCCGCUCCCGCGCCGUCGGUCUCUCAACUGCCAGCAACUGGCUCUGGAACUGCAUCAUCGCCGUCAUCACCCCCUACAUGGUCGGUGCCGACGAGGCCAACCUCGGACCCAAGGUAUUCUUCGUCUGGGGCUCUCUCUGCUCUCUCUGCUUCAUCUACGCCUACUUCCUCGUUCCCGAGACCAAGGGCCUUACCCUUGAGCAGGUCGACCGCAUGCUCGAGGAGACUACUCCUCGCACCUCUGCCAAAUGGGUACCACACAGCACCUUCGCCGCCGACAUGGGCCUCACCGAGAAGGGUACCCUUACCGAGGCGAUUGUUGAGGAUGUCGAGCGCAAGGGUUCUGUCCACUAAGAGCGCCGCUUGUAUACUACAUGAAAGGGAGCUGUGGAUAAUGAAGAUGCUUGGAUAGGGUGGGAGUGGAAAUGAUUACGAUGAUACCAUAUUUGUUUACGAGGUCAACGCUUUGCAUGAGAUAGUCAUGAAUGAAGCUAUGCCCCAUACCAAUCGCUGCUUCCAUGGUUGCUGUCGUGAUAUUCCUCGCGCUUCGAUAUUCUGUCUGCGCUGUGAUUGUAUGCGACGUCUCGCUAUCCCGCAAAUAGUCCCGUCACUCGCACUUCGCGACGCUCUCCUCCCACCACGCGCGAGGUUACCAUAAUACGAGGGACCCGAUCCUAGCGCAUGGCGCUAUUCUCCACACUUCCUUCGCGUGCC